GCACGUGGGAUCAGAAGACUCAAAUGUUUGUGGAUAGUAGAGGGAAUCCAAGCUCAUUCGAUAGCAUUCCCUCGGCCUUUUGGUUCGUCAUGGUUACCAUUACGACGACCGGUUAUGGUGAUAUGGUUCCAACAACAUUUGUUGGAAAAUUAAUUGCCUUUCCCGCAAUGAUGUGCGGAAUUCUGCUAAUCGCGUUACCCUCAAUCAUUGUCGGAAGAAACUUUACCUUAGUUUGGGAGGCAAUGCGACAAUACCGUCG